AUGUCAAGUCUUUUGACACAAUUAGUUCGUCGUCAGGCAUUGAUGAUGGUGCCUCGUCGUUCAGAAACUGUCCUUAUUACGGCUGGUCCACCAUUGAAUAAAGUGACAAACAAAGAAAAAAUGAUUGUUUUAGGUAUGUUUUUUGCUAUACCAAUGAUCUAUCCAAUCUACGUUAUGUCAAAUUUACAAAAAUAUAAUGGAUCAAAUCGUACAUUGAGCAAAAAGAAGAAAGUCAAAGCUGCUACAAAUUGA